AUGAUUUUAUUUUAUCGCAGAGUUACUGACUAUUUCAAUGCAAUAUACAAGAAGCAUAAAAUUGCACCUGGGGAUCCUCCCCCAAACAUACCUUCACUGUCAGGCGAUUUCUUCACCUAUGCUGAUCGAGAUGACCACUACUGGAGUGGCUACUAUACCUCGCGCCCCUUCCAGAAGGUUCUUGACCGAGAGAUGGAACACCAGCUGCGGAGCGCUGAGAUCCUUUUCUUUCUGGUCAGUCGGUAUCUUAAGAUACAUGAUGGCAUCAAAUUCCCUCUCAUAGAGUUCAUGCAGAGUCUGGUUAAUGCUCGACGGAACAUUGCACUGUUUCAGCACCAUGAUGGUAUUACGGGGACUUCCAAGGACGUCGUAGUUGACGACUAUAUUGACAGGUUGCUGACUGCUAUGAUGGAGAUGAAGAGACUGACAACAGAAUCCAUCACAUUUUUAAUGAUGAAAGAGAAAAGCAAAUACAGCUACUCCAAAGAAAAACCUAUGUUUAAUGUUGAUGAAAAAAGGGAGAAGCAUUUUUCUAUACCAGAACGUUCUGUUUUGAAAAUAAGUGAUACUCCUCAGUAAGUAACAAUUGGUAAUACACCUCUAUAAAUUAUAAUUGCAGGUACUCUAAAUGCUUUUGUGAGUAGAAUUUGUGUGUCUCUGUGGAAACCUGUAUUGUUAUAGGUAUGUGUAUCCACACACACACACUACAUACAUACACUAUACUUGUUAGUGAUAAUAUAUGCUUGUAUAAUAUUUACCUGUAAUUAUGAGCAAUGAAAUCUCGAUAAAAAAGUAUCUCUUGCUUAUAAUAAACACUGCCUUUUAUUGUUAUUGUCUUUUAAUUUUUACGUUUCAGUGAUUAGAAUGCUGAGGCACCACCUUGAGGAAUUUUAGUAGAAUUUUUAUUUAGCCUAGUACUUGUUCUAUCAGUAUCUUUUGUUGAACUGCUAAGUUAGAGGGGUGUAAGCAUACCAAGCAGUAGUGAGGGACAAACACAAAGACACAAACAUAUAUGCAUAUAUU